ACAGAUGCUGAGCCUGGAGGAUGGCACCUCCUCUGGGGACAGACAGGAAACAGAGGGUACCAAAAGGGAGGGACCCAGUGAGUACGAGAGCACCCUGGAGAAUAAAAACAAACAGAUAGAAGAGUUGGAGCAGAAGUAUGGAGGCCAUCUCAUAGCAAGGCGGGCAGCCCGUCGUAUCCAGACAGCCUUCCGUCAGUACCAGCUCAGCAAAAACUUCCAGAAGAUCCGCAACUCAUUGUCAGAAAGUAAGCUUCCUCGUCGGAUCUCUCUACGGCAUCCCAGCCCUUCGGGCAGAAACCGGAACGCAGCUCAGAGACACAGCUACACUCUGCAUCCUGGAGGAGGACAGAUACCUUUACGCUCUAAAACCCCCCCUCCACCCCCUUGCCGCUCCACGUCUCUGCCCCCAUCGUCUCCUGCGUCAGCCCCGGCACCUCCCCCAACUCCUGCCCCAGGCUCAGGCCCAGGACCUGGACCAGGCCCAGCACCACCCACACCUCAAACCCCAGGACCCUCACUCACACAACUGGAAGACUGCUUCUCUGAACAACUGCACUCCUUGGCGCAGUCAAUUGAUGAGGCCCUUCGUGGCUGGAGCUUGUCUGAGGGUGGAGAGGGCAAGGGACUGCUGAUGGACCCCGGGGCGCUUCGUGCAGCUGCUGAGAGUGCUUGUCUGCCACGUAGUGCCAGCUCGCUGCUCAUGGCGUUCAGGGAUGUUACAGUUCAUAUUGACAGCAAUAGCUCCUAUACCAUCUCCUCUGCCACCACCACAACCACCACCACCUCUUUGGGCAAUGCAGGUGGGGGACAGCCAGGUAGCAGGAAGACUUCUGUGAGUGGAAUGGCUGGGGGAGGAGACAACCAGUCAGUGGAGGAGCCAGAGUUUCCUGCACCUCCGCCUAGUGAAGAGCUGGAAAUGGUUGAUCUAGGAUCCAGGAGGGGUUCAGCAGUGCCAACUGCAGGGGGAGGAGGAAUGGAAGGGGAGAACAGCACAGACAGACUGGGAUCCUCCUCCACUUCUACCUCUACUUCCACUUCCAUCUCCACCUCAGCCCAGACUAACCAACAGCCUGCCCAGAUUUAUACCCAGUACCAGCAGUACCACUACACUCAUCCCCAGCAGAUCUCCGGGGGGCCGAGCCCCGAGGCCCUGCAGGCUCUGGUCGUCUCUCUGCCGAGGGACCGCUGCCAGGAUCCAGCCUCUUGCCGCUCACCCACCCUGUCUACUGACACACACCGCAAACGCCUCUAUCGUAUAGGACUCAACCUCUUCAAUGUGAAUCCAGAGAGAGGCAUCCACUUCCUGAUUACGCGUGGUUUCGUCCCAGACACGGCCAUCGGAGUGGCUCACUUUCUGCUGCAGAGGAAGGGCCUAAGUCGGCAGAUGAUUGGGGAGUUUCUGGGGAACAGCAAACUGCAGUUCAACAGAGACGUCCUUGACUGUGUUGUGGACGAGAUGGAUUUCUCAGGCAUGGAGCUUGACGAAGCCCUGAGAAAGUUCCAGGCCCAUGUCCGUGUUCAGGGAGAAGCACAGAAAGUGGAGAGACUCAUCGAAGCCUUUAGUCAGAGGUACUGUAUGUGUAAUCCUGACGUGGUGCAGCAGUUUCACAAUCCAGACACCAUAUUUAUUCUGGCCUUUGCUGUCGUCCUCCUCAACACUGACAUGUACUCGCCCAACAUCAAACCCCAGCGAAAAAUGGGCCUUGAUGACUUCAUACGCAACCUAAGAGGUGUGGAUGAUGGAGCGGACAUCCCCAGAGAGAUGGUUGCAGGUAUUUAUGAAAGGAUCCAGCAGAGAGAGCUCCGCUCAAAUGAAGACCAUGUCACCUAUGUGAGCCGUGUGGAGCAGUCAAUCCUGGGCCUAAAAACUAUUCUCGCCGUGCCCCACAGACGUCUAGUGUGCUGCUGUCGUCUGUUUGAGGUGCCUGAUGCCAACAAACCUCACAAACAGAAACUGUCUCAGCUCCAGAGAGAGGUCUUCCUUUUCAAUGACCUACUGUUGAUCCUGAAGCUAUGUCCCAAGAAGAAAAGCUCUGCUUCAUACACCUUCUGUAAAGCUAUGGGUCUCCUAGGAAUGCAGUUUCACCUCUUCAGCAAUGAAUUCUAUGCCCAUGGUGUCACCAUGAUGAGCCCGUUUACUUCAGAGAAGAAGCAGCUGGUGAGUUUCUGCUCUCCAAGUGGAGAAGAGCUCAGGAAGUUUGCGGAAGAGCUCAGAGAGUCAAUCGCAGAGGUCAACGAGAUGGAACAGAUUCACAUCCAGUGGGAACUGGAGAGGCAACAAGGCAUCCAGCCACAUGGCUUACACACUAACGGCGGGCAAAUGGAUGCACAUACAGGACACGGCUCUCCCUCAGGCCAGGAUGCGUACGAUAAAACCGGCAACAACAACACAGUAGAGGUGUCAAUUCACAACAGGCUGCAGACCUAUCAGCUGAGCCAGCCCAGCAUUGAGUCAACGCCACUGGCUCUGGCUGCGCCACCUGCCCUGCUCAGCCCAGUCCAGGCCGGAGAUCUCCGCCCAGAAACACUCAUCCAGUGCCAGCAGAUUGUCAAGGUGAUUGUCAUGGACCAGAGCGGGCGAGGACGGAUGGAGGCAUUCCUCAGCCAAGGCCCGGCCACCCAUCAGCUCAUCCAGUCGGCCCUGUCAACACCUGCGCGUGUCAGAGAGGGAGAUGGGCCUCAACCCCCUUUGCCGCCACCUCCUCCACCUUACAACCAUCCCCACCAAUUCUGUCCACCCGACUCACCCAUGCCCCUUCACCACACCAUGCCUCUUACCCGCAGGCGCAACUCCAGCGGCUCCCGCAGCAUCGUUUAGGUCAUCAGCUGCGUAACAAACUCCCUGCGCCAGACAAGAUCCGCACACUCACACUCAACAAACACAUGCUGGAGCACAAGUCAGCUUACUUUGAAUAGUAAGACAAAAGAAGUGCAAAAAAAAGUAAAGAUUAUAUUGUGUGACUUAAAUGCAUUCCUCAGAAUUUAUUUAUAGUCUUAACUUGGCUGUGUGCUUUUUAAACAUGGAGUAGCUUUGAUGGUAUUUCUGAAAGACUUUUCUUCUUUCUUUUCUCUUCAGCCUGUCACCUGGUAGCAGCUGUUGUUGUCUGUCUGGAUUUCACGCUGUUGGGUGUAUGGUGACUUAGCAUUUUUAAAUGUCGCCUAUCCAACAAGUGUACGUGAGCUUGGAGUGUCAGAAAAAAGCACCCUGAAAAGACAUGACAUAUCUUAAAAAAAAGGGGAAGAUUCUGUUUUCUUUGAGGAUAUUGAUGUUCAUGGCAUCUCCCCGUUUUCAGUAUUACCACACUCAGUGAGGGAUCGUUUUGCAGCUAAUCUAACUACUUUAUACCAUAAUCAUUUUCCUUCAUCUCUGCAUAAUGUGAAGAAACAAGAGCACCAGCUUAUUUGUUUCUCCAUUUUCUAGGGAACUCAUAAUCAGUGUGCGUGAAAAAAGGCAAAGAAGAUAAAUUGCCGUACCGCCUCUAACACCUACGAGUUAGUGUAGUAAGCAAGGAUGCUGCUACUAACUAAACUAUCCUAAAUUAAUAUCCUGAUGACAAUCAUGAUUCGGUGCUUCACUGUUGCAUGAUUUUCUAAAAUUGAACAGAUAGCAGAUAUCCUCACAGUAUCUGUAUGCUGUGAUUCUGAAGUUGUGCUCUCACACAGCUCAGGAAAGAGUCUGCUGCAUUGCAACAUGUAACACUUUAUCUGCACCUCUGAGUUGUACUGAGGGGAGAGUGCUUCUGUACUGUUUGUUCAGCCUGCUUACCCAUGGGCAACAGGGAGCCAGGCUGGUAAUUUAUCCUAACCAAGGCUAAAAGAAGCCUUUCUCCUCCUGUCUAUUUACUCCAAACAGGUUGCCUUGUGCAUAGGGAUGUCACCUUUGGAUUUAGGGAAACCUAAAAAGAAAACGUUAUCCAAAAAUCAAAUAUACAUGUUUUCCUUAUGCUUUAUAGUGCUAUUUUUACAUCUAGAUUUUUUUUUCUUCUGGUUUGAGUUGCUCAGUUGUGGACAUGCCUGCCUUCUUUUGAAUGUAAUGGAGUUACUGUAGAUAGCACUUGCCUUGCACUGCUAAAAGUGGAAAAAAUGGCAGAAGGAAGCAUCUAUGACAAGAGGCAUAACCAUGAUAGGAUGUAAAUAAGAGGUCCCGGUGCUGAGCUGUAAUGUUUUGUACCUGAACACUUUUUUGGUUGGAUGUACAACUCAAUCCCCCCCCCAAAAAUUAAUAAAAACAUAAUGCAACAGUUUGCAGAUCACACAAUCCCAUAUGAUUAUCUACAAUAUAACAUAGAAAACAUACUAAAUGUUCAAAUUGAGGGAACCGCCCCCCCGAUAAUGUAAAGAUAAGGAAUUUGAUGGCAGCAAUCCAUCUAAAAAAAUGUUGUGACAUGGCCGUGUUUACUUCUGUGUCAGCAAAGCCGUGUUGUUGUAAUAUUUCCGCAGUUUAGUGCACCUGCUGUAGCACUGUCUUGUUGAUAGACGUGGUGGUGUCCUAUCCUCUUUAAACCAGAGGAUGCAGCGUCACUGCGCCUUAGUCCAUUUUAAAUGAUCCAGAGAAGACUACACAUUUUCUAGAUCAUCUUCACAUUAUGGUUGUUUAACCUGCAUUUGUGGAUGGCAAUUUGUGUUCACAGAGAGUGAUUUCUGGAAGUAUUUGUGAGCCCAUGCAGUGAUAUUUACUGUAUGACAGAAUCAUGCCUGUUUUCAAAGCAGUGCUGCAUGAAGGCCCAUUGUGCUGUUAAUGAUGAGAUAUUGACAAUCUUUACAAUUUUACAUUAAGGAACAAUAUUCUGAAAGUGUUCCACAAUUUGUAGAUGUUGUUUUUUGCAGGUUGGUGAACCUCUGCCAUCUUUGCUUCUUAGAAACUCCGCCUCACUAAGAUGCCAGCCAUGUUACUGACCAAUUAACCUUUAUUUAGUAUUAUAUUUGCACGCUGUUCCUCCCCUUUUGUUGAUCCCAUCCUAACUUUUUUGAGAUGGGUUGCUGCCAUCAAAUUAUAAAUAAGCGUAAUAUUGUUCCUAGAAUCAUAAAAUAUCUCAGAUUAAACAUUUGUUUACACGUUUUUUUAAUGUGCUUAUGAGAUUUUCAAAUCACUGCAUUGUGUUUUUAUUGACAUUUUCCACAUUGUCCGAACUUUCCUGGAGUUUGAGUUGUAGGCAUCCAUCCAUUAUUAUAUUCAGGAUCAAGGGUGAGAGGCAGGGCACACCGCACAGGCAGCCAGUCCAUUAAAGGGUGGACACAUUAAAACUGCUCACAACAAGAUUUGAAUCGAUCCGAAGUGAAUUUUUUAUUUACUUUAUUUAUUUAUUUUUUGAUAAAUUGGAUUUUGAUUUCUAGAAAUCACAUUGCUACUAAUUUUCUGAUGUGUAUUUUUUGGUGCUUUGAGCACCACAAGACAAAGUGCCAUCUGCUACCAUCAUACUCAAGAGAAGGCUUGAUUUCCUACAGCUAUACCUCCAAAACUAUAUUAAAAUGAAGUAAAAUGCUCUACACAGGGUUGACCCAAAUCACCUCACUAGACCACGUCUCCCCUCUCACCUAUUUAUAUUCUCCUUACGCAAUGAAAAUAUUAUAUAAGCAGACAUGCACAUGUGUACUGAAUGUUAAAUCAGGGGGAAAACUGAAGAUGUCCGUGGAAUAAUAACUGAUUUCCUCACGUGUCGUCUGUCUUGAUGGUUUCGAGCCAGUUUGUACAGCACAUCACGAAUCAUCCGACUGAGACAUACCAAACACGUCUUGUACCUUUUUGCACCACAGAAUAUACUGGAUAUAUUGUAAAUAGAUAAUAUAUAUUUAUUCUGAAAAAAGUGAUUGCUUUGCCCAGUGUGUGUAUCUACGUAUGUAUUUGUACAGAGAAAAUCUAGUUUAAAAGAAAAAAAGAAUAUUAUAGUUAUUAUAGUUACUAUUAUUCACAUUUAAUAUCGGGGGGAGUCCUAUAUGUGAUAAGAGACAGAAAACAGGCAGCUUUUAUAGAAUACGUGACAUUAUUACAGAUCUACACUUGCCAUUAAAUUACCAUGUCAUGUUACUACAGGAUUAUUAAGAGAUGGCUGCGUGUCAUCUGUAAAGGUAUGCAAAGGGCUAUGCUGUAUUGGUGAAUACGUACAGUACACCACAAGUCACGCCACACACACACACACACACACACACACACGCACACACUAGCAUAACAAACAGCUGCACAUGUGAUCACACAAACACGCAAACAUGCACACGGCUGCCAAAGCAACAACAAAUUUAAGCUUAGACUUACCUUUGAAACUGCUUGAUUUCUCAAGUCAGUAACCCCACUUUGUUUACUGUAAACUCUGACUUGUACUAUACCGCAUGACACAUUUUUUUUGUUUGCUUUUUUUGUUCGCUUUGUUUUUUUCAUUUACAGUACACAGGAGGAGUUUGAGUCUACGUUUUCGUUAUUAUUGUCAGGGCAUGUUUGCUUUGUUGAUGUCAUUUUCUCCUUUCUCUCUCUUGCUCUACUCCCUCUCCCCCCUUCUCUUUUCUACCCUUACCCCUUGCCUUCUCCGUGGUUGUCAUGGAGAUGCACCAAUCUGCAUCCUCACUGUGGAGCACUGUCAUUAAUCUCUGCACCGUCACAAUAUUUCUAUAAAGGAGAUUUCUUAAAGAUCAACAUGUUUACUAAAAGAAUUUCUAAUUUUUCUGUUUGAAGAGAAUGAAAGAAUAAAGUAGUUUUUACUCUCA